AUGGUUUUUAAUGUGAUGAAGGAUGGUGCUAUUGCUGAUGGAAAUAGUGAUAACAGUAAGGUUUUUCAAAAUGUAUUCAACAAAGCUUGUCAAUCUGAAGGAAGGAAUCUUGUAUUAAUCCCACGAGGGACAUAUAUGUUGGCGCCUAUUGUGUUGAAAGGACCAUGCAAGGGCCAAGUGGAAUUUCAUAUCAUAGGGACACUAAAAGCUCUUAUAGAUGAAACAUCUACUAUUGAUAUUAACCAUUGGAUCACCUUCCAAUACGUAGACCGAUUGGUACUAAGUGGUGGUGGGAAACUGGAUGGCCAAGGUCCCUCCGCUUGGGAUGACAAUACUUGCAGUAAAAAUCCAAACUGCAAAGCUCUUCCCAUUUCAUUGAGAUUUGAUUUCGUCACCAAUUCAAGGAUUACUCAACUAACUUCAAUGAAUAGCAAGAAUGCCCACGUGAAUGUAUUUGCAUGCAAAGAUAUGAAAUUCGAUCACAUCCAUAUAAUAGCACCCAAAGAUAGCCCCAAUACCGAUGGAAUACACAUUGGUUCAUCCAACAAUAUUCAAAUCUUGGAUUCAACAAUAGCCACUGGAGAUGAUUGUGUAUCAAUGAGCCCUGGUUCUAAGAACAUAAACAUUAGGAACGUAACGUGUGGCCCGGGUCAUGGAAUUAGUGUUGGAAGCCUUGGUGGGGGACCUAAUGAAGAAGAUGUCAAUGGAUUAACGGUAACUAAUUGCACUUUCAUUGGCACUCAAAAUGGCUUGAGGGUCAAAACAUGGGCUAGGUCUUAUGCUAGUAGUGUUUUCAAUCUUACCUUUGAAGACAUCAUCAUGGAUAACGUCAACAACCCCAUCAUCAUUGAUCAACAAUAUUGCCCAUCUCGCAAUUGUGAAAAGGGUGAAUCCCAAGUUCAAAUUCAAGAUGUGAAGUACAGAAACAUCAGAGGCACCUCUAGCUCAAAAAUUGCAGUUGCUUUUGAUUGUAGCAAAGGCAAACCUUGUGAGAAGAUUGAGCUCAACAACAUUAACCUAACUUACCAUGGUGCUGAAGGAGCUGUGGCAUCCUCAUGUUCUAAUGUCAAAGGUAUUGCUAAUGGUCAACAACAACCCGGAUCUUGCAUAUAGCACUCCUGCUUGCAGCACAAUUCUUGAAAUCCAGACAAAUUCAAGUUUAAUAAUCCAACACUCACCCUACGUUCUUUUGACAA